GAGUUAUCGCCAAACGAACUACUAUUUCGGCGGUGGGAAAUUGUCAAUGGUGUCAAUACAAAAUAAGGUGAGAAGUGGUUUUUACUUUACUGAUGUUUGGUCCAGUGUUUAUUUAAUUCCAUUGCAAAAUGAGCAUCAAAAUAUACUUGCCCAUCGAUUACUUCACCCUCAAACAACCAACUAAUUUGUACGGACAAGUACAAAUAAACGAGGACGUCGUAUACUAUGUCGUAGAUGCUGUCGACUUCGACUUCAACACAGCAUCGAUGGAGCAUGGGACAAUCAGCAAUUUGCGUUUCCUCGGCUCUAUCCUGUGCAGUAAUACCUGCGCAGAAAAACCGAACAUCUACCACCAACUCGAUAUGCGCAUAUGUUUUACUUACGACAAAAAGGAGCCAAACAUUUCACUGGGAUACAUAGGAAUCACCCCAGAACACCUCAAACAAAUCAAAAUAAUUCUAUAUCACAAGAAAAAAGUGCAAGAAUUGUUUGUCAAUGAUGAGAUUACACUGGAUCAACCAUCGGGAAGCGGUGGCAGCGAUUGUGAUUUUCUGGAGCUCUUUCGCUUGGCCCAGUCCGAAGUUGCAGUUCAUAAGCCCAAAAACAGGGCACUCAAGAGUGGUCUUCACCUGUUACUUCUUGUAGCCGAUGCGCCCAUACAGUUGUUUAAAUAUACUGCCGAAAAUGUUUUCAUUAAUAACAUAAUGGGCCACACGACUGUUUAUAAGCACUUUAAAGAAUGGCAAUCAACCUGUCAUAAAGGUAAUAGGAUGAAAAAUAUUGUAUUAGAUCGAGUAUUGGGUAUACUUUUGAUGGUGAUAAUGUUUUCAUUAGUUACCCCACCGGGCGAUUUCCUUAUACAAAUUUCCCAUGGUAUUAUCAACCAGCUAUACAGCCUGUUGAAUGUUUUAGAAGGAAGUCCUAUUGGUCUUAAAUUGAAUAUACAUUUAAAUAAUUUCUUCCUCGAUUGUUUUAAAUAUCAUAUUCAAUUGUGGUCCAUGUUUUUGGAUUUGAUUGAACCAAUAGUACGGCAAGUUUUCCUGGCCAUUGGAGUAUUUGGAUGCCUGGGGUUUACAUUCCAGAUAGCUUUACUCGCAGAUUUAAUAUCAAUUGUUUCAUUGCAUUCGCAUUGUUUCCAUAUUUACACCAAAGUUCUAUAUAAAGUGGAAAAGAAAGGAUUAUCCGUACUUUGGCAAGUGGUUCGUGGGAACCGAUAUAAUAUAUUAAAAGGCCGUAUUGAAGCUCAUAAUUAUAUGGAUCGACAGCUAUACCUUGCCACAAUAUUUUUCUCAGCAAUUUUGUUUCUUUUUCCCACUACCCUUGUGUACUAUGUGGUUUUUGCCUUUUUAAAGUCCCUUACACAUGCAACUCUGGCGAUCUUUGAGUUUUUUCGUCGAAAACUUUUGUUUUUCCCGCUAGAAGUGUGCCUUAAAUGGUUACGAAAGGAACUACACGAAAUUGACUGUCUUAAAAUCGAGGACGUUGCACUCCCAGCGAAGACAUUUCUGCUGCAUAAACAUUAUAAAAUAAAUGUUGCUGUAUUUAAAAUUCGAGUGUGACAAAUAGAAAAAAACUUGAAUCUUAUUUCAUCUCAUUACACACCAAUUAAA